AUGAGUGACACUGUAAAUGGUGAAAACUCUGGGGGCCGAACCAUUCAAUUAGAUUCGAUGAGUUUGGAAGAACUGAACCGUCUAAAGCAACAAGAGGAAGAACGGCUUCAGGCUCUAACUUCUCGUUACGCAGCGCUUCGUCAAGCAGCCGCUCGAAUAGGCAUGUCACAGCGGGCAGUAUCGGAUUUAAAGAAAGCGUCGGAGUCCAAUCAUGUGAUGGUUCCUUUGACAGAAUCGGUGUAUGUACCAGGGCUGGUCAAAGAACCCAACAAACUACUGGUUGAACUAGGCACUGGCUUUUACGUAGAAAAAGGCUCGAAAGAUGCCUUGCUAUUUCUCGAUCGGAAGAUGAAACUGGUUGAUGCAAACUCGGAUAAUGUAACAAAAGCUGUCCAGGCCACGAAUCAGAAUCUUGAAGCUGUCAAAAUGACCAUGCAAGGCAAGCUU